UUGCUGAUUCUCCGACGAGUCGGCCGCAAAACCCGGAGACUGAAAACCUGAAAAUACAUAACUAUAAAAACACGCCUCCGCAAGCCAGAGAAACUCCGGCAAAAUCCAAACAAAUCAAAAUUAAAAUCACAAAAAUAAGUCAAGGCAAGUGCUAAUAAAUCGCCAACAAAAUGCGUUGCCUGGCAUUGAUUGUAUACCUGGCAAUUGCCGGAAACUUUUACCUGGCAGCUGCCUAUAAAAGUGAGGUGGUAAUCACUCCAGACCCAUUGGACUCCCUCGAGACCACGACCAAAAAGUCCAGUUGGUUCGGUGGCUUUAAGAAGUUCUUUGGCAGUGGAGAUUCCACCACCACGACCACAACCACCACGGAGUCCAGUCGGAAUGUGAAGGUGACAUCGACAACACCGAAACCAGUGGAGGCUACUCCAACCGCAGCCCAAAAGCCACCGCCAUUGGUGAUUUCACACGCCCCGCUGAUGCCGCUGGGCCCACGACCCGAUACACCGGGAUCUACUCCAUUUGGCGCCUCCCCACCGCCGGCCAGUGGUCCCCAGUGGCCCAGCACUACAGCGACCAGUACGAAGCCACCCCAGCACUCAGUGGCUCAAACCGGAGGUGGAGCUCCAAAUCUUCCGCCUGGCUUUGCUCCGUACCGCCCACAAAAGCCUCAGCCGAAUAGCUAUGAUUUGAGCUACGGCGGAGGGGUAGGACCAGGCACAGGACGUCCUGGUUUCGGACUGGUCAACCCAAUUAGCAGCAGCACCACCACCACCACCACCCAGAGGCCCAAGUCCCCUGGAGCUCAGCCUAAUAUCGACAUACGUUUCUCGGGAAGCUCUAGCACUUCGACAACUACCACAGGAAAGCCUCAUGUGGGCAAAGAAGACUUCCCUGCACUACCUGGGCCUCGAAGACCCUCCAUCAAAGAGGACUUCCCAGCCCUGCCUACACCCAAGUCACCAGGUUCAGGAUCACCCACACCAACCCCUGGAUCUCCCUCUGCCUGGCAAUCCCCAUUGCCCACGCCCCAACACCCAGUUCAUCCGCCCACUAAGGCUAUUCCUACAUCCACACCAACACCGACAACUUCUACUAUCAGAGGAGGAACAGGUGGUGUAACAGGACAUGGAGGUUUGGCAGGUCAUAGCGGAAUAACCACUUCUACAGUUCGCCCUGGUUUCCAGACCUCCGGCAACUCGGUAGCCACCGAUGAUGAGAUCCGCCAGUUGACAGAGCAAUUGUAUACCAAGGAGACUAACAGCCAGUUAGGAAACAUUCAGGUUAACCUCCAAGGACGCACGAGAUCCAUUGACAGCGCCGAUGAGGCUCCCAAUCCCCUUCUCCGUGUGGAUGCCAAGGCCCUGGACUCCCCUACCAUUGCCAAGAUGCGGGUCCUGUUCAACAACUAUGAGACUGACACGCUGGUCAAUGAGCAUGUGACACCUAAUGAACGUAAGGAAGAAAACGACUUCCUGGACGCCGUGAUGGCCACUCCGGUGAUGCGACAGGCCAUGCAAUUCCUCCAGCAAAAGGGUCUGGUCAGCCCCGAUCCGAAGACCCACAGGGACUUGGUCAAGGAACUCUGGUUCACCCAAUAUUCGAGGGGGCAGGGAAAGAUUGGCAGCUCUGGAUUCGAGCAUGUCUUUGUCCACGAGGUCAAAGACGGCACCAUCAUCGGCUUCCACAACUGGGUAUAUAUCAGCGAGGAGGAGCAGGCGGGCAGGUUGGACUACAAGGGUUACAUGAAGGAGCAGGACAUUGGAACAAAGGGUAAAGUCGUGAAGAUCAGGUUCUCCCAUCAAGGCCUCAAUAAGCCCGUGAACACGGUCUUUGUUGGCACUUCGCCAGAACUGGAAUUGGCCCUUUAUACAGUCUGUUUCCAAUUGCGUCCUGAUCGCACUUGUCCCGUCUCCUUGGGCAACAGCAAGUUUGGCAUCAUUACCUAUUCCUGGCGCUACAGGGGCAAGAAUUUGAUUGGCAGUGCCUACCCGGAGAUUUAAAGCCGAUGGACUUUGGAUUGGACCUUAGCUUAGACUUUAUUUUUUUUUGUAACUAUUUUUGUAACUAGACGUAACUAUUUUUUUUUGUUUUUUGGUCGCUUUCAUAAAUAAAAGUUUUAAAAAUAUAAAUAAA